UUUUUUUAAGUUCUAAAAAUCAAUACGAUAAAAAUUUAAAUUUAAUUAAUUAUCUUUUAAAUAAAAAAUAUUGUUAAUAUUUAUGGAAAAGAUGCCCGUUGAAUUAAAUAGUCUGACUGAGGGGUGGCUAGAACUAGAGAGUGAUCCAGGUUUGUUUACUUUGCUGCUGGAAGAUUUUGGUGUCAAGGGAGUUCAAGUUGAGGAAAUUUACGACUUACACAAGCCCCUGGAGAGUCCAGUUUACGGUUUCAUCUUCCUGUUCCGUUGGAUAGAAGAGAGACGAUCACGUCGUAAAUUCGUUGAGCAAAUUGAAAGUUUCGUGCGAGAUGAAGAAACUAUAAAUAAUAUAUUUUUCGCUCAACAAAUGGUGCCCAACAGUUGCGCUACUCACGCACUAUUGUCUAUAUUAUUGAAUUGCCCCAACCUCCAUUUAGGUGAAACACUCAGCAGGCUAAAGCAUCAUACACUGGGCAUGAAUCCUGAAAACAAAGGGUGGGCGAUUGGCAACACCCCAGAGCUGGCCUGUGCUCACAACUCUCAUGCUAUACCACAAGCACGCAAGAAGACAGACAAAAACGCUGGAGUGUCUACUGGGCGUUUUACAGGUGAAGCAUACCAUUUUGUAAGCUUUGUACCCAUCAAUGGGUCUCUAUUUGAAUUAGAUGGGUUAAAACCGUACCCCACUGACCAUGGCCCUUGGGCUCCAGAUGAGGAUUGGACCCAGAAGUUCAGGAGGAUGAUGGCUGAAAGACUGGGGCGAGAUGCUGGAGAACAGGUUCAUGAUAUCAGGUUCAAUCUCAUGGCAGUUGUACCGGACAGAAGGAUUGCACUCACACAGAGGCUCAGUGCUUUGGAAGUGAACCAGCGGAGGGUUAAGGAGGCAAUAUCAAAGAUUGGCAAACAUUUGCGACAUCUAAUUAACAAGACAAGGGAGUAUAAUGAAAAUUCAAUAUCCCAAAGUAAUCACAACGAAGGUAACGACAACUGUAUCCAGAUAUCAGAGGAGGCGAUCCUCAAUGCUCUGGACGCGUCAGAGGUGUCGUCGCUGGACAUAGACUUCACUCAGAGCAUCACCAUCGAGAUAGGAGCUACGGACCGCUCACACUAUGACAACAGCAUCACCCUAGUGGAGCCUGUGGAUCCAUCAUCAGUUGUGCGAUUUGUGUGCAUAAAUGGAGAGAACGAAAUACUUUCUGAUAUCCAGCCGACGUCGACGACGGCGCUGGUGCGCAGCGCGACGCUGCCGCUGGUGCUGUGCGCGGCGGGCGCGGGGGGCGCGGGCGAGGGCGAGCCGGCGCGCGCGCGCAAGCUGCUGUUCUCGCACGCCGAGCUGUCGUGCCUCAUGAGCGCCGUGCUGGCGCAGCUGCAGGCCUGCCAGCAGGCGCUCAACGACGAGAACGACAAGAGAGACAUGUACAAGGUGGACGACUGCCGGCGCACGCACAACUACGACGAGUUCAUCUGCACGUUCCUGUCCAUGCUGACGGAGCGCGGCGUGCUCGCCGAGCUGGUGGCGGCGCAGCUGGAGCGGGGCCGCUCGGCGCGCGCGCGCCGCCGCCGGCCUCGCCCGCGGCCUCGCGCGCGGCCCCGGCCCCGGCCUCGCGCCAGGAAGUGAACGACUUGCGGAUUCACAUUUAUACAAUAAACGUUUUAUAUGUA